CGGUUUUCAAGAGGAUAAGUAAUGCAUUGCAGAUGACAAUUUGCACCAGUCAUAUGUUGACACUUCUGUUUAAUAAACUGGGGUUGGUGUCACAGGAGUAUGCUUAACUGUUUUAGAGCAUCUCCACUGAUCACUGGACGGGUACACUUGUGGGAACUUUCCCCUCGAAAAAACCGCUUUGCUUAACCUGGCAACCUUCCUUACUUGCAGUGAUAUCAAACCAGACAACUUCCUUAUGGGUUUGGGGAAACGUGGCAACCUGGUAUACAUAAUCGAUUUUGGCUUGGCCAAAAAGUACCGUGAUAGCCGAUCACAUCAACACAUUCCGUAUCGAGAGAACAAGAACCUCACAGGCACUGCUCGUUAUGCAAGUAUCAAUACACAUCUUGGCAUAGAGCAAGCUCGACGGGAUGAUAUGGAGUCUCUCGGUUAUGUUCUCAUGUACUUUCUACGGGGCAGCCUUCCUUGGCAAGGCCUCAAAGCCGGAACAAAACGCCAAAAAUACGAGCGGAUUAGUGAGAAGAAAAUGCAGACGCCUGUUGAAGUUCUCUGUGAAGGUUAUCCCGUCGAAAUGGCAAUAUAUCUGAAUUUCUGUCGUGGCCUGCACUUUGACAAUCAACCUGACUACUCCUACCUUCGAAACUUGUUUCGCUGUUUAUUUCACCGCGAGGGUUUCAGCUAUGACUGUGUGUUUGAUUGGAACCUGCUGAAAUUCCCUGGCAAUGAACAAAACAACGGGAACAAUGCAAAUGUGAUUGACAAUCAGGCAGCCACGCCGAUUGGGACUUCUGGACAAGGUCAGCGUCGUAGUCAUCAACAUCACGAAGAGAAGAAUAAGAGUCGAACCAAAGGACUGCCACCAAGUCCAGCCCUCCCGAUGGUCCAAGGUCUGCAAAUAUCACAACCCGCUGCAACCGUAGCACAAACCAUACAGAAUCCUUCUCUACCUGUCAUGGCGAUGCAACUCUCUCAGCAACAGCCUCAACAAGCUAUGAAUUCCGGUCCAUCGGCUACAUUCUACGCUCCAAACCCCCAAACGACCCCCGGAUUCCCAAACACAACCCCCGUCCGACCAGUGGGUAUGUACGUCGUUAGUUCCGGCAACUCAACACAGUUGUCGACCGGACCAGUCCAAACUAACCCUACUUUCUAUCCGCAAGCAGUCAACUUUGCGCAAGCUUACAACCAACCCAGUGUUUAUGUGGUUCCUGAGCUUCACUUACCGGCCCAGCCCCAACACGAUCAACGGGCACCGUACUUCCUCUCACAGAGUCAGACUUUACAGCAGCAGACUCAACCGAUGACAGGAAUUCAUCACGUCCCGCACACUUAUCAUCCGCAUCCAGGUGCCUUGCAUCUCCCAACAAGCACGACUCCGGACACGUUCAGUUCUCACUUACUUUCUUCUACCCAUGUUGCCGGUGGUUACCGCAAAUGAUGACUCGUCUGCAUCAUUCCGAACCUGCCGUCAAUCACACGUUACAAAACCACCUAAUAUCUUGGUUUUAAUUUACCUCACUUUUGCUGCUACCGCUGAAGCAUUUUAAACUUACGAGUUGCUGUCUCGAAUUAUCAGUGAUCCAUUUUAAAUGUCUUUGUUACGUUUGUAGCUCCUAUGUACAUACAUAGUUGUCUUUGCUUCCCUAGAAUCCCUGCAAGUUUGUUGAACCCAUGGAAGUGUCUUGCAUUAUUGCAUUCAAAUUGCCGUCAGAAGACAGACAAGUUUUGUGUCUGCUCUCCGGUCUUCUGUCCUGUCAAACACAUCGCUGCCGUUUCGCACCCUGUUUGCUCCUCCUACUAUCUGUUCAGAUCACCUUAACAGGCAGUUCGCGUCUCAUGUUUUCUGCUACUUACUGCCGGUCGCAUGGGGCACCUUUGUUCGAUACAUAUACGCACGUGUAUUAUCACUAACGGUCUAUUACAUUAUAGCGUUGGGGCACAACGAUCGGUGUGUGAUAGAACCAUAUUCAACGCUCUUUUCGACAUCACUUCGUGUCAUGUGGGGAACCAAUGUGGGACGAACGUGUACAUCGACAAUAGAAAUUGAGACGCGAACGCAUGCGUCUUACAGCUGAAUCACGAUCAGAGAAUUGGACUGAGGAAUCCUGCUCUAGACGCGUAAUCAACAAGGUUCGGAUAAAAGUUGGCAGACGAAAUUCUUUCACACGUAUCGAUAUUCCGGUCUGGUGGCCGCCAUCGAUUACGUGUUUAGCAAUGAAGGAAACGGGGUUUCGGGCAAACUCAAAAAGUUUGUCAUCAGGCUGAUCCGGCGUACUCAUAACGUACUUAGGGACAUGUAGGCACCCCAGAUCCCCCUAUUCAUCAUGUAUGUACACAUUGUAACCCGCCUCCGGCCGCAAAGCGGAAAACAUUGGUAUGCAUGGUUCGAAACAAAUCACAUUUGCCGGAGUAGAAAUUUUGUUACGUUCCACAUGAGAUCUAUCACCCAGCUAUGUAUCCCUAUCACACCUAGAUGAGAUACUAGGCAUCUCCAUUGUGUCGCAUCAUGUCAUACACUGUAACCUAACUUCCUUUUCCAACACCCAAGUGAGGGUUUUAUUUUUGCCAGUCUCUCCUCACCAGCUUUUCCCGUUAGGUUGCU